AUGUCUUACGAGUCCCACCACGGUGCCUCCAAUACUUUGCCCACAGUGAGGAGGGUUAGCAGGUCAGCAGAAAAGGAGAAGCAGAGGGAGACGGAUGAGGCCCGCUUAGAGUUCCUGGGCAACCUCAAAGUUAUGGACGUCCAGCACCAGCUCUUCUUCAUGCUCCUCAUCGUGGUGUCGAUAUGGGAGCUGAUGGCCGCCCCUCUGGAAUGGACCGUGGACGAUGGUCUCUAUGAGUAUUUGGAUUUUGUGGAUGGGUCUGAUCGCUAUAGUAGUACAGGAGUGUGGGGGUUGCUUGGGGCUGUGUGUGGGGUGAGUGGUGCAGGACUGCUGGUGAGCCACCUGGACUGCCUCAUUGGCUCACACACACCCAGGGGAGCUGUCCACUUCUACUCCUCUGCAGCUGUGACAACCCUGGCCGUGCCUGUGGUGGCCUUCCUGCCCCUCUACCUAAACAAGAAGCGUAGUCGCUCCACUGGGCUCUUCAAAGCUUUACAGCUUGUGCGAGGGGACCUCCGUGCCCUGCUGUGUGCUGCCCCUGCCUUCCUAAUGGGGCUGGCGGGGUCUGCGGUGGAUGACUUACUGAUGCAGGACCAUGGGAGCAGCGAGCUGCACAUGGGCCUUUCUUUAGCCGUAGCGUUGCUCUCCCGGGCCGCCUUCCCUCUGCUGAGUGGUCGGGUGUCGAAGCUCCUGAGCCCAGGCAGGGUGCUGCUGGUGGGGACGGCAUGCCUGGCCCUGCAGUGCCUCUAUUACUCCUUCCUGUGGGGCCCAUGGGCUGCAAUACCUGUCCAGGUGCUGAGCUGCUUCAGCAGUGGCGCCCUCUGGUGGGCAGUGCAAGUGCAGUACGAGGACGUGACCACGCCGGGCACAGAGAGGAGCGUGAGGAGGGUCUACCAGGCCCUCUCUCUGGACCUGGGGGCAGGGCUGGGCAACAUGGCCGGGGGGUUUGUUGUCCACAUGUUUGGGGUAUCUGUGCUAUUCAGAGGGGUAGCGGUGAUGCUGCUCCUGUGGUGCCUGUUUCUACCCCUGCUCCAGUGGCAAGUCCCACCCCAACGCAGGAUCAACUACUCCCGCCUCCUCGCUGCUGACACCAGUGAAGUGAGCGAAUCAGAGUCGGAGCAGGAGACCGACUGGCUGGAGAAAGCCAUGGAGGAUGACGAGCAAUAAUAACAUGGGUUGGAGUAUAAAUCUUUAGACCUAAGGAACAAUAUGCAACAUAAUGGAAGGAUGACAGUAUCAAUUCUCCUCCUGGAGGAUUCCACCACUA